CCCCCUCCCCUCCUUUUUCAACAUGGCUGCUGUGUCUACUCUCAAGUAACGCACAGAUUGGUGACUGAAUAAUUCUACCUUUCAGUGCCUCUUAUUAAUUCGCAUACAUCAUCUUCGUUCGGAUGCAAAUCACAUCCACCACCUUGAUCUGUUUCCCCAGGUUUCAUAAAGUGGAAUAAUCUCAAUAAAUAUCUCUCGCCUUUGGGCCUUUUUAAACCUUCAAAACAACUACCAGCCACCAACAGUUCCUUUUGCAAUGGUUUGAGUAGCACUCUGCAAUCUUCUUCAUGAACAAUGUGUGAGAACUGCGCCGAGCUGAUUGAGGUUUUAAAUGAAAUUUCAGAUGCAGAUGGAAGUGAAGUUGGUUUCCAACUAAAGAAAGAACAUGCCCUGCGGGUAUUGGGCUACAUCAGCUCCUGGACUCAGAGGCAAUGCCUCUGCUGUUUCAAGGAGUACAAGCAUCUGGAGGUCUUUAAUCAGCUGGUCUACGCCCUCAUAAACCUGGUCAUUGCUCAGAUAAGCAGCCUGAGAGACAGACUCUGCAAUGCCAAGGAUCCAGCGCACAGGGGACACGUCCCCGGGGUGGACGGGACGGAUUUCAAAUGGGGCAGAGACGAAUCCGGGCCCUGCACCGUCCUCCAGCCGUCCUCGCCCGGAGAGGACGAACCCGUCAACGUGGAGAGAGACUCGGCUGAGGAGGACGUAUACACGCCAGACCUGAGCAACAAGAACAAGCCUCAGGAUCAGGGGCCCAAUCAGCCGGUCAAAGGCCAAGGGGAAGCGCGAGGACCCUCCAGCGAUGGCGGCAACGAGUCCGGAGAAGGAGACGAUGGCACCGGAGAGGGCAGCGACAGCAGCGUCGACAGCCAGGAUUCCUUUAGCUCCUGGAGCACAGAGGAGAGGGAGAAGCUGAUGCUGUGUGCGGCCAAGAUUUUCCAAAUCCAGUUUCCCCUCUACACAGCCUAUAAACACAACACACACCCCACCAUAGAGGACAUAUCUGCUCAUGAGAGCAACAUUCUCGGCUCCUUCUGUGACAUGAACGAUGCGGAGGUGCCCCUUCAUCUUCUGCGCUACGUCUGUCUGUUCUGUGGGAAACACGGUCUCUCCCUGAUGAAGGAAUGUUUCGAGUGGGGCACUCCAGAGAGCCUCCCCUUUCCCAUCGCCCAUGCCUUCAUCACCAUAGUCUCUAAUAUACGAAUUUGGUUGCACAUUCCUGCGGUAAUGCAGCACGUCAUACCGUUCCGCACAUAUGUAAUAAGGUAUCUGUGCAAGCUUUCGGACCAGGAGCUGCGACAGAGCGCCGCGCGCAACAUGGCCGACUUGAUGUGGAGCACGGUGAAGGAGCCGCUGGACAGCGCGCUGUGCUUCGACAAGGAGAGCCUGGACCUUGCCUUCAAAUACUUCAUGUCUCCGACCCUCACCAUGCGGUUGGCGGGACUCAGCCAAAUCACAAAUCAGCUCCAUACCUUCAAUGAUGUAUGCAACAACGAGUCUCUCGUGUCCGACACAGAAACGUCCAUAGCAAAGGAACUAGCUGACUGGCUGAUCCACAACAAUGUGGUGGAGCACAUAUUUGGACCCAACUUGCACAUCGAGAUCAUCAAACAGUGCCAAGUUAUUCUUAACUUCUUGGCUGCUGAGGGUCGACUCAGCACGCAGCAUGUUGACUGUAUUUGGGCUGCGGCUCAGCUGAAACACUGCAGCCGCUACAUCCACGACCUUUUCCCGUCGCUCAUUAAAAACCUGGACCCAGGGCCUCUCCGGCAUGUCCUAAACCUGGUCUCCAGCCUGCAUCCAAGUGCCCACACGGAGCAGACAUUAUACCUGGCGUCUAUGUUGAUCAAAGCUCUUUGGAACAAUGCCCUGGCAGCAAAGGCUCAGCUAUCCAAACAGAGCUCAUUUGCCUCCCUCCUGAAAACCAACAUCUCCAUGGGGAACAAGAAAGGUUCAGCAGCUGCUAGUCCUGACAGUAGUGACAACAGUGACACUCAGCACAGUGGAGGCAGUGACAUGGAGAUGGAAGAUCAAAUGAUGGUGACUGGCAGCAAGAGGAACCAGCAGAGGCUGUCGGAUACAGAGGAGUCGAUGCAGGGCAGCUCCGACGAGACGGCCAACAGCGUGGAGGAGGGCAGCAGCGGGCCAGGGAGCAGCAGCGGCCGCAGCGAGGCCUCCAGCAACGAGGCCGCCUCCAGCCGGGCCAGCCAGUCGGCGGGGAGUCCCGGGAGCGAAAUCCACUCCGACGACAUGGCAGACAGCGAGGCCUUAAAGGAGGAGGAGGAAGAGGACGAGGAGGAGGACGAAGACGAGGACGAGGACGACGAGGACGACGAAGGCAACCGCACAGGGGCGAAGGGCGGCCGGCGGAAGGACGCCCGGGAGCAGACCGAGUCGAGGAAGAGGAAGGCCGAGGAGGCGCUCGGGGAGGGGAUGGGUCACCCGAUGGGUCACAUUGGCUCGGGGGGAGGGGCCAAACACAAAGGCCUCGCCUUCAGCCAAGACACGCCUGCCGUCAUGGUCCCAGCGGCAUCGACGCCGAUAGAUGGCCACAUGAGGAUGCUGGAUGCUUGCACCGCCUCGUCCUCUGCCCUGCCUAAGGGAACAGAGCCCCACCCACAGCCGGCCGACGUUAGCCCCUCCGAGAUGGCCCCGGGGCAGCAGGAACCUCCCUGUAUCCCACGACCCGGAGAUUUCCUGGGAGAGGCCAUGGGCAGCGAAAUCUUCAGCUGCCGCCAAUUCAUUGGUCAGCAGCAUCACCACCAUCACCAUCAUCACCAUCACGAAGGUCCUAUAGUGGAGGACAUGUUGAGUGCGGAUGACGUCAGUUGCAGUAGCUCCCAGGUCAGCGCCAAGUCAGAGAAGAACAUGGCCGACUUCGACGGGGAAGAAUCGGGCUGUGAGGAGGAGCUGGUUCAAAUCAACUCCCACGCCGAGCUCAGCUCGCAUCUUCAGCAGCACUUACCCAAUUUGGCCUCCAUCUACCAUGAGCACCUGGUGCAAGGUCCAGCUGUUCAUAAACAUCAGUACUCCAGCCAUGCCGUUACUGACAUCAACCUGGACAACGUUUGUAAGAAGGGAAACACGCUGCUUUGGGACCUGGUGCAGGACGAAGAUGCGAUUCAUUUAUCUGAGGGUUUAAUUAAUGAAGCAGAGAAGCUGCUUUGCUCCCUGGUAUGUUGGUUCACUGACAGACAGAUUCGAAUGCGCUUCAUCGAAGGCUGCCUUGACAACUUGGCUCAUCAUCGGUCAGUUGUGAUUUCCCUGCGACUACUACCCAAGCUUUUCGGCACUUUUCAGCAGUUUGGCUCCAGCUACGACACUCACUGGAUCACCAUGUGGGCUGAAAAGGAGCUGCACAUGAUGAAGCUGUUUUUUGACAACCUGCAGCAUUACAUCCACGAAGUGAGGGAACACCGGCACAAGUUUGCACUGUACAGCCACAGUGCGGAGGUCCAGGUUCGUCUGCAGUUCCUCACCUGCGUCUUCUCCACACUGGGAUCACCAGACCACUUUAGGCUGAGUCUGGAGCAGGUGGACAUACUGUGGCAUUGUCUCGUAGAGGAUGCCGAAUGCUACGAUGAUGCGCUGCACUGGUUCCUCAAUCAGGUCCGCAGCAAAGACCAGCACGCUAUGGGCAUGGAGACAUACAAACACCUGUUUCUGGAGAAGAUACCCCAGCUGAAGCCGGAAACCAUCAGCAUGACGGGUCUCAACCUCUUUCAGCACCUCUGUAACCUGGCUCGACUUGCCACCAGCACGUUGGAUAAUGCUUCCAGCUGCGAGCUGUGUGGGAUGGAUCAGCUGUGGGGCAUUGCUUUGAAAGCUCAGUCUGCGGACAUCAGUCGGGCUGCAAUCCAAUACAUCAAUUCCUAUUACAUCAAUGCUGGUAAAACAGGCCUGGAAAAGGAGCAGGAGUUUAUCAGGAAAUGUAUGGAGAGCCUCCUGAUUGCUUCGGCUAACUUGGAAAAGGAUGCGUACUGCAGCCUGACGAGCAUAGAGAGGGGGCUGCUAAUGCUCAAAACACACCUGGAGGCUUUCCGACGCAGGUUCGCAUACCACCUGCGGCAGUGGCAGAUAGAGGGGACUGGAAUCAGCAGUCAUCUGAAAGCUCUGAGUGACAAGCAAUCCCUGCCACUCAGGAUCGUCUGCCAGCCGGCCGGUUUACCCGACAAGAUGACUAUUGAGAUGUAUCCCAGCGACCAAGUAGCAGACCUGCGAGCCGAGGUGACCCACUGGUACGAGAACCUGCAGAAGGAGCAGAUGAACCAGCAGGCUCAGCUGCAGGAGUUUGGCCAGGGCAGCCGGCAGUCAGAUUUUCCAGGUGGUUUGAUGGGACCAGUCAGAAUGAUCUCCUCUGGCCACGAACUUACUACAGACUACGAUGAAAAGACUCUACAUGAGCUGGGCUUUAAAGACAUGCAGAUGGUGUUUGUCUCUUUGGGAGCUCCGCGGCGGGAGAGGAAGGGGGAGGGGGUCCAGCUUCCAGCCUCCUGUUUGCCUCCUCCUCAGAAGGAGCACAUUCCUAUGCUGCUGCUCCUUCAGGAACCACACCUCACCACCCUCUUUGAUCUUCUUGAGAUGCUAGCUUGUUUCAAACCCCCCAGUCCCAGCGCAGACAACAUGAAGGACAGCCCACAGAGCAUGCGGUGCGAGGAGCUUCACCUUCAUGCAGAGAAUCUGUCCCGUCGAGUUUGGGAGUUGCUGAUGCUCCUUCCCACGUGUCCCAAGAUGCUUCACGCCUUCCAGAACAUCUCGGAUGAAACGAAUGCAGAUGGGCUCUGUUGGCGGGAGCUGCUGAGGAUUAGGAGUCCCCACAAGCUGCUGUACGCACUGGAGAUCAUCGAAGCUCUCGGAAAGCCCAACCGACGCAUUCACAGAGAGUCAACUGGCAGCUACAGUGAUUUGUACCCUGACUCUGAUGACUCCAGUGAGGAUCAAAUAGAAAACAGCAAAAACACCUGGAGCUGCAAGUUUGUUUCAUCUGGAGGUUUGCAACUGCUUUUGGAAAUUUUCAACUCGGGUAUCCUUGAGCCUAAAGACCAGGAGUCUUGGACUGUGUGGCAACUGGACUGUUUGGCCUGUCUACUAAAGCUAAUAUGCCAAUUUGCUGUGGACCCCACCGACCUCGACCUCGCUUACCACGAUGUCUUUUCGUGGUCGAGCCUUGCCGAUAGCCAGCGCAAACGGGCUUGGCCGGGCAAAUCCCGCAAAUCCACUGUGGAUCAUGGAAAAGGCUUGCACAUUCCCCGCCUGACAGAGGUGUUCCUCAGUCUCGUCCAAGGUACUAAUCUUAUCCAGCGACUCAUCAAUGUGGCCUACACCUAUGACAACAUUGCACACAGAGUUCUUAAGGCUCAGUCUGACCACAGAUCUCGACAUGAAGUGACGCACUACUCAAUGUGGCUUCUGGUAAGCUGGACUCACUGCUCCUCUGCCGUGAAGUCCAGUUUGGCUGACAGCGACCACCUCCACGAUUGGCUAAAGAAACUCACCCUGCUGGUUCCUGAGCCAGCCGUGAGGCACGAGGCAUGCAAUGGCCUCUACAAGCUCUCUUUAUCUGGCUUGGAGGGAGGAGAGUCUAUCAACAGGUCCUUCUUGCUGCUUGCCGCUUCGACGCUGCUCAAAUUCCUGCCCGACGCUCAGGCUCUCAAACCUCUGAGGAUGGAGGACUAUGAAGAGGAGCCUCUGUUGAGGAAUGGCUGCAAGGAAUACUUCUGGCUGCUCUGCAAACUCAUAGACAACAUCCACGUUAAAGAUGCCAGCCAGAAGGUAUCUUCCUCUCUGUCGCUGACUGGCUCGAUGCAGACCACCCUGCUGGACCUUGACGCUCUCGCCCGACACCUUGCUGACUGCAUCAGGAGUCGAGAGAUUUUGGACCAGCGGGACGGAACCAUUGAGGACGACGGGCUGACCGGUCUCCUUCGCCUCGCCUCCAGCGUCCUCAAGCACAAACCCCCGUUCAAGUUCUCUCGCGAGGGGCAGGAGUUCCUGCGGGACGCCCACAACCUCCUCUUCCUCCUCCCCAGCCUGGCCGACCGCGCUCAGCCCAAGUGCAAAUCCCACGCCGCCCGAGCGGCCGCUUACGACCUGCUGGUGGAGAUGGUGAAGGGCUCCGUGGAGAACUACCGUCUGCUCCACAACUGGGUCAUGUCGCAGCACAUGCAGGCCUCUCACGCCCCCUAUAAGUGGGACUAUUGGCCACAUGACGACGUUCGGGCGGAGUGCCGCUUCGUUGGGCUCACUAACCUCGGAGCAACCUGCUACCUGGCCUCAACCAUCCAGCAGCUUUACAUGAUCCCCGAGGCCCGUCAGGCGGUCUUCACAGCCAAGUGUGUGUCUGUGUGCGUGCAGUAUGCUGAGGACAUCAAACACAAAACUACACUUCUGGAGCUUCAGAAGAUGUUCACUUAUCUCAUGGAGAGCGAGAGGAAAGCGUACAAUCCCCGCCCUUUUUGCAAAACCUACACCAUGGACAAACAGCCCCUCAACACCGGCGAGCAGAAAGACAUGACAGAAUUUUUCACAGACCUCAUCACAAAGAUAGAAGAAAUGUCCCUGGAGCUGAAAAACACAGUGAAGACCUUGUUUGGAGGCGUGAUCACCAACAAUGUUGUCUCUCUGGACUGUGACCAUGUCAGUCAGACGGCCGAGGAAUUUUACACAGUCCGAUGCCAAGUAGCAGACAUGAAGAACAUCUAUGAGUCCCUGGAUGAGGUGACCAUCAAAGACACUCUGGAGGGUGACAACAUGUACACCUGCUCACAAUGUGGCAAGAAGGUUCGAGCAGAAAAAAGAGCUUGUUUCAAGAAACUGCCUCGUAUCCUUAGCUUCAACACCAUGAGAUACACUUUCAACAUGGUGACCAUGAUGAAGGAGAAGGUCAACACGCACUUCUCCUUCCCCUUACGCCUCGACAUGACGCCAUAUACCGAGGACUUCCUCAUGGGCAAAGGAGAUCGCAAAGAAGGUUUUCAGGAAGAAGGAGAGGCAAGCAUGACGGAAAGCUAUGAGUACGAUCUGAUCGGUGUCACGGUCCAUACGGGCACAGCAGACGGCGGCCAUUACUACAGCUUCAUCAGGGAUAUCGUCAACCCACACGCCUACAAGAACAACAAGUGGUAUCUGUUCAACGACGCAGAAGUGAAACCCUUCGACUCGGCCCAGCUGGCAGCUGAGUGCUUUGGAGGAGAGAUGACGACUAAAACCUAUGACUCGGUCACCGACAAGUUCAUGGACUUUUCCUUUGAGAAGACACACAGUGCCUACAUGCUCUUCUACAAAAGGGUGGAGCUGGUGGAGGAAAAUGGGAAGGACUUUAGCUUUGAUGUUUCUCCUGAUCUGCUGGAGUGGAUUUGGCACGACAACAUGCAGUUUCUCCAGGACAAAAAUAUAUUUGAGCACACCUACUUUGGGUUCAUGUGGCAGCUCUGUAGCAGCAUCCCCAGUAGUUUGCCAGACCCCAAAGUUGUCUCCCUCAUGACUGCCAAGCUCAGCACAUCGUUUGUCCUUGAGACCUUUAUUCACUCUAAGGAAAAGCCAACCAUGUUGCAGUGGAUUGAACUGCUGACCAAGCAGUUUAACAACAGCCAGUCUGCCUGCGAGUGGUUUUUAGAUCAGAUGGCUGACGACAACUGGUGGCCCAUGCAGAUCCUCAUAAAAUGCCCCAAUCAAAUAGUCAGACAGAUGUUCCAGAGGUUGUGCAUUCAUGUCAUCCAGAGGUUGAGGCCAGUUCAUGCUCACCUCUACCUGCAGCCUGGCAUGGAAGAUGGCUCCGACGAUAUGGACGGUCCUGUAGAGGACAUUGGAAGCCGUUCCUGUGUCACUCGCUUUGUUAAGACCCUCCUAUCCAUCAUGGAGCACGGUGUCAAGCCGCACAGCAAACACCUGACCGAGUACUUUGCUUUUCUCUACGAGUUUGCCAAGAUGGGAGAGGAAGAGAGUCAGUUCUUGUUGUCACUGCAAGCCAUCUCCAUCAUGGUGCACUUCUACAUGGGAACCAAAGGCCCUGAGAAUGUAGAGGUACUCUCAGAGGAAGAAGCAGAGGAGGACGAUGAAGAGGAAGACAUCUUGUCUUUAGCAGAGGAAAAAUAUCGUCCCGCAGCUCUGGAAAAGAUGAUUGCUCUCAUCGCUCUGCUGGUGGAACAGUCUCGCUCUGAGAGACAUCUGACGCUGUCCCAGAGUGACAUGGCGGCGCUAACAGGAGGAAAGGGCUUCCCAUUCCUCUUUCAGCACAUCAGAGACGGCAUCAACAUCAGACAGAGCUGCAACCUCAUCUUUAGCCUCUGUCGCUAUAACAACCGACUGGCUGAACAUAUUGUGUCGAUGCUCUUCACCUCCAUUGCAAAGCUCACUCCUGAGAAUGCUAAUCCGUUCUUCAAGCUGCUCACAAUGUUGAUGGAGUUUGCAGGUGGACCUCCAGGGAUGCCCUCGUUUGCCUCCUAUAUACUCCAAAGAAUCUGGGAGGUGAUCGAGUACAAUCCAUCCCAGUGCCUGGACUGGCUGGCUGUUCAAACUCCCAGAAACAAAUUGGCCCACAGCUGGGUGCUGCAGAACAUGGAGAACUGGGUGGAGCGCUUUCUUCUAGCCCACAACUACCCCCGAGUCCGCACAUCUGCGGCAUACCUCCUGGUGUCCCUCAUCCCCAGCAACUCCUUCCGCCAGAUGUUUCGCUCCACGCGCUCCCUUCACCUGCCGACUCGCGACUUGCCGUUGUCGCCCGACACGACCGUGGUGCUCCACCAAGUCUACAACCUGCUACUGGGGCUACUCGGCCGCGCAAAGCUGUACGUGGACGCCAGCGUUCACGGCACAACCAAGCUCGUGCAAUAUUUCAGCUUCAUGACGUACUGCCUCAUCUCCAAGACUGAGAAGCUCAUGUUCUCCGGGUACUUCAUGGACCUCUGGAACCUUUUCCAGCCCAAACUGUCAGAGCCAGCCAUUGCUACCAACCACAACAAGCAAGCGCUGUUAUCCUUCUGGUACAACGUGUGCGUGGACUGUCCUGAGAACAUCCGACUGGUGGUGCAGAACCCCGUGGUGACCAAGAACAUCGCCUUCAACUACAUCCUGGCCGAUCACGAUGACCAAGAAGUCGUCCUUUUUAACCGCGGGAUGCUACCGGCAUACUAUGGGAUCUUGCGCAUGUGCUGCGAGCAGUCGCCUGCCUUUACCCGCCAGCUGGCCUCACAUCAGAACAUCCAGUGGGCCUUUAAGAAUCUCACGCCACAUGCCAGCCAAUAUCCAGGGGCGGUGGAGGAGCUGUUCAACCUGAUGCAGCUGUUUGUGGCCCAGCGAGCCGACACCAGGGAGGAGGAGCUGGAGGACAUCAAGCAGUUUAAGAAGACGACCAUCAGCUGCUACCUGCGCUGCCUGGAUGGUCGCUCGUGCUGGACCACUCUCAUCAGUGCCUUCAGAGUUCUGCUGGAAAACGAUGAGGACAGACUGCUUGUGGUGUUCAACAGAGGGCUCAUACUUAUGACGGAAUCCUUCAACACUCUGCACAUGAUGUACCAUGAAGCAACGGCCUGUCACGUCACUGGAGACCUGGUGGAGCUGCUUUCCAUUUUCUUGUCGGUGCUCAAAGCCACCCGGCCAUACCUGCAGCGCAAAGAUGUGAAGCAGGCUCUGAUCCAGUGGCAGGAGAGGAUUGACUUUGCACACAAGCUGCUCACACUCUUGAACUCCUACAGUCCUCCUGAGCUGCGAAACGCCUGCUUAGAUGUCCUGAAGGAGCUGGUGUUGCUGAGUCCGCAUGACUUCCUACACACCCUCGUUCCUUUCUUACAGCACAACCACUGCACAUACCAUCACAGUAACAUCCCCAUGUCGUUUGGCCCCUACUUGCCGUGCAGAGAGAACAUGAAGCUGAUGGGAGCAAAGAAUAACAUCAGGCCUCCGAGACCCGAGCUCAACAUGUGCUUGCUGCCCUCUUUGGUGGAGAGCAGCAAGGGUAAAGACGAGGUGUACGACAGGAUGCUCUUCGAAUACUUCUUGUCCUACCAUCAGUUCAUUCACUUGCUGUGCCAUGUUGCCAUCAACUGCGAGAAGUUUACUGAUACACUUGUCAAAUUAAGUGUUCUAAUAGCAUAUGAAGGACUCCCUCUUCAUCUGGCUCUCUUUCCCAAACUGUGGAUGGAGCUCUGUCAGUCUCAGUCCGUCAUGGCUAAAACAUGUGUGAAGCUGCUGUGCGAGGACCCAGCCUUCAGCGAGUACAUCAAGUGCAUCCUAAUGGACGAGAGGACGUUCCUAAACAACAAUGUGGUCUACUCCUUUCUCACCUGCUUCAUGCACAAGGUCCAGGUGCUGUCCGUCCCCAGCUUCUCCAACCUCAUCGGCGUUCUGGUGACCAACCUGCUGAGCGAGCAGAGCAACCUCCAGCCGGAGUUGGCGGCUCACCACGCGGAGCUCAACAAGACCAGCAGCCUGCUGAACGCCGACCUGAGAGCGCUGGUGCUGCUGCUGUCUGUCCAGCCUCCGCAGGCCAUCGACCCGGCGCUCUGCACGGCCCUGCAGGAGCUGCUGGGCCGCUGCCGCCUUUGCCUCCAGCGGCGCAGCGCUUUGGAGCAGGAAAUGGAGGACCAGAAAGCUAAAGCCGAGGACGAGGGGGCGACCCCCGUGAAGCGGCGGAGGGUGAGCAGCGACGACGGCCGGGCCGGGGACGCGGCGGCCCCCCUCUGCGUGGCCUCCACCUCCACCUCCGCCUCUUCCUCAGCUCUCCCGCCCUGCGGCGAGCCCAAGCCCGAGCACCCGGAGGCCCUGACCCCGGCCAGCACCUCGGACACCGAAACGCGGGACUCCUCCUCCCUGAUCAUCGACCCGGGCACCGAGCAGGACCCGCCCUCCCCGGACCCCGUCCCCACCACCUCGGAGCACCGCCCGGACCCCGCCGGGAAGGAGGAGAAGAUCGAGGCCUCCUCCUCCUCCUCCUCGUCCUCCUCCUCCUCCUCGUUCUCCUCCUCCUCCUCGCUGCUGCAGGAGGCGGGGGAGGGGUUCGCGCAGGGGGAGGAGCCCGGGCGGCCGGCGGACAACGCGGGGGCGGCCGGCGAGCGGGAGGAAGAGGCCGGGCAGGGCGGGGGCCGGGGCGGGGAGAUGGCGGCGUCCUCCUCUUCGGCCGAAUCCAAGGAGGAGAAGGACGCCGGCCACAAGGAGGCGGCCGGGCUGGCGGGGGAGGGGACGGACAGUUGCGGGAGCCAGUCCUCCCCCUCGCAGGCGUUUCCGAUGGCGUGCCCCCCGACCGACAUGCUGGACAUGCUCUACAAGACAGUCGAAGCCACGAUCGCCAUAGUUACUAAGCUACCCGUCAAAGGCCCGCCCUCCUCGUGA